AUGGCUGAUUACAAAGUGUCGUUCGAACAACGAAACAUUGCGGCUGGAUUGAUUCGUUAUUCGUCAAGCCUGUGUGAUGGAGUCAUUCUUGCUCCUGCUAACACUCUUGCGGCUGUCCUUCUUCGUUUGCUACGCCGCGUAACCGAUAACGCCAAACAACAGCUGCCCGUUCUGUUUACCCGCUCCGUUUACAGAGGCUCCAUCCGAGAACACUUUCCUUUCAAGAACGAAACAAUACGACAACCAGUGACGAUCGUUCCGGCCAUCCGCAUCCAGCGCACCGUCCAGUACACGGACGGCACGUUGGCCAUUACCGAACUCGACACUCGAUCCUCCAUUUCGACUGUUAGAUAUUCGAUCCUGAGCGGCAACGAUGACGGCUAUUUCGGCAUGGAUCCGAACAGCGGGGACUUGUUCCUCGUCCGCCAGGUAGACCGGGAACAAUUGCCGGCCUCGGCCAUCAACGAUCGAUUCACUCUCACCAUCCAAGCCUCUUCCUUGUCGGAAACAUCUGCCCGCGCGCGAAUCUUUAUCGAUAUCGAAGACAUCAACGAUAAUGUGCCGCUCUUCGACACGAACGAGUACAGCAUCAGCAUCGUCGAGAACCUUCCCGUCAGCUUUCACGUUCUGCAACUCUCCGCAACGGAUAUCGACCUGGGGGAGAAUGGGAAGUUCACCUACCGAUUAAACGACACCAGCGGAGCGUUUGUCAUCGAUCCGGUUACUGGCUGGCUCAGUGUGACCAAUUCAACACCGCUGGAUCGAGAAAGAGUUGCCAAAUUGACACUACUCGUAGAGGCUGUCGAACAAAAGCCAAACCUGUUGACGGACCGUCUAUCCACUGCCCGCAUUGACAUAGAGCUCACCGAUGCAAAUGACAAUAGUCCCAUCUUUCAACCCACUAACCUAUAUUCGUUCGUCGUGGAAGCUCUUGCCGGAGCAGGGACCGUCAUUGGUCAGGUUGAAGCGAUUGAUGCCGAUGCCGACGAUAAUGGCCUCGUCAACUAUGUCAUCCAGCAUCAGCAAGAAGGUGUUCGAAGUGGAAAAGCAAGUAAAACUGGUCGCAACGUCCGGCUCGGACCAGUUCACAAUCUCACUGCCAAAAACGGAGAUCCAGAUGUACCGUUCAGCAUUCAUCCGCGUUCGGGUCAUGUUAUUGUGACCGAUACACCUUUAACCAAGAAAUCCUACUCUCUUUUCGUGGAAGCCAGCGAUCAACCGGCCAAUCCUAGCGAGCGAAGGCAUUCUCUAGCAGUCGUCCAAAUCUCGGUCGUGGCGUCGUCGAUGAUGGUUCCGCACUUUGCCAACACGCCCUACGAGUUUUGGGUAGGUGCUGAGGCACCUGUUGAUACCAGCGUAGGACAGGUUAAAAUCGAAGAUCCCGUGACGACAACUCUAACGAUUCACGUUGUCGACCAGUCAAUUAGUGGAUCCCACACGUCCAAAAAAUUACACGAGCAGGGAUUUUAUCAUUUCAGCGUGGUCGAAAACGCGCCGGCUGGUCCCUUUGGCGAAAUCAUUUACCAACCGACGAAUGCAGACGAAAGCGAGACGGGCACCGAGGAAACGUUUCAAUUCGUUCCGCUGGACCAGAAAGCUGUUGGCUGGGGAUAUUUCAGGUUAUCCCGUAACGGCACGCUUUACACACGCCGGUCACUCGAUCGUGAACUAAUGACGUCGAAUCUAACUCUGUUCGUGACUGUACUUGAGAACGAGCAAAAUCGCGAUACGCUCCAGGUGACCGUCACGAUUGUGGACGUCAAUGAUAACCCACCGGUUUUCAACAAGCAGCGCUACCUUGGCCGGGUGGCCGAGAAUUCUGCGGCAGGGACGCGAGUUCGGUUGGUUCAAGCCAUUAGGUCAUCCGAUGCAGAUUCAUGGCCGCACAACGUCGUUCAUUAUUCAUUGACGGGCAACGGGAGUCGCCUCUUCCGCAUCGACCCCAUAGGCGGCGAACUGUCGGUGGUGCGUUCCAAAUCGCUGGACAGGGAACGAACGCCGUUUUACAAUUUAACAGUGACAGCGACGGAUGGAAGUCUCAAUUCUAAUGCCCAGUUGACUAUCCUCGUCGAAGAUGUCAAUGAUAACGCGCCCAUCAUCUCGGGCUUCUUCCCCACUGUGGGCGUCGUGGCGCUCGAACGAUCUGCGAACCGACAGGAGUUUCGCGAUGAAGGAGUCAUAAUCGUCUGCGCCGAUGGAUCGUGUUCGACGCCUAUCGACGUGGAGGAAAGAGAACCGCAAGAGUUACCACCCGGCCGGUUAAUGGCCACCUACAGUCGGUUCCGCAAUCACCUGCUCAGAGUGUUAGAUGACUGGAUCGAUCAGGCCGAACGGUCCAUUGAUCAGACGCCUCCGGACGAAGAAGAAAUUCUGGAACGAGCAUUUCAAGAAAUAUUGUACAACUCCUCUAUUCUUAUUCAGGUGCCGGAUAAUUUUCUCGUAAACUCGAGCCUCGGCCUUUUUAGUAUCGAAGAUAAGGAUGAAGUGAAUCCCGUCAAAUCCGACGAACUCUACUUUUCGUUAGUUCCUGGAACUCGCCACGACGAUAGUUUCGGUGUCGUUCCAGAAAGCGGGUCUUUGUAUUUGAAGAAACCCUUACAACUGGACACCGUCUACUUGAUCGACGUGCAAGUCAACGAUCAGCAGGGCCUUCGAUCCGCAGCGAACGUUGCGAUCCAGCUGACGGAAGUCAAUCAUCACCGGCCCAUGUUCAAUAGCUCCUAUUAUGAACUGCUGCUUCCAGAAGGCGAUUACAACGACUCUUCCUUCAUCACGAUCGAGGCGUACGACCAAGACACGGGGGAUAACGGUCGAUUGGUUUAUUCGCUAACCGAUUCAUCCGCGUCUCCAUUCCGGAUCAACCACAAAACGGGGCUGCUCAUAGUAAACGGCUCGAUCGAUCGCGAGCAAACGGAAUUCUUUCGAUUCGUCGUGCAGGCGACGGACGAAGGCUUCCCUCCGCUCAAAUCCCGCGUGGACGUCGUAGUCUACAUCACCGAUAUCAACGACAAUGCGCCUGUGUUCGACCUUCCCGCGGGCAGCGUUCACGAGAACGGCCUUCAACCUUUAUUCUCCGUUUCGUUGACGGAUGGAACGCCUCCAGGCACACCAGUCCUUCGAGUCCGAGCCACCGAUGCCGAUGCCGAUUUUCACACUAAUGGAAACGUGACGUACCGUCUCGGUAGCCACCAAAGUCAGUUUAGUAUCGACAAAAUAACGGGAUCGAUAUCCACGCUGGUCGCGAUGGAUCGAGCCCGAAGCGAAAGCGAACAUAAUCUGCUGGUAGUGGCUACCGAUGGCGGGACGCCAAGGCUGAGCACGAUCAGCGUCGUGCGGGUUACAAUCAUCGAAGCGUGUCAACCCGAUCCGGCUGCCCGACGUCAGCAGUCGAUCACGCUGGAUGAAAACAUUCCCACGCCGAUAGCUCUGAUCAAUCUGACGAGCGACGGAGAAAAAUCGAAUGAACUGGUUCAUUUGUCUUUGCUUCAAAUCGAGCCAAAUUGGCCGGACGCUCAGUCACGCUUCAAGUUGGACAACGCCGAGCCAGUUCUCUGGCUGACGGAGCCGCUCGAUCGUGAAGUUCAAGAUAGUUAUUCCGUGCACUUGAAAGUUCAACAUUCUGGACGCCGAAGUAACAGUACCAACAAUUCGAGUUGCUCUGGUUUUGACGAGGAGGAACUUGUUUUGAACAUCCGAGUGGCGGACGUCAACGACAAUGCGCCCGUCUUUGCCGAGCAGAAUCCUUUGAUCGUGGUCGUCCCAUCCAACACGCCGAUCGGAUAUCCCGUGAUCACCAUAGCGGUGACAGAUGCUGAUGAUGGAAAUAACGCGGCCAUUAAGUACAGCAUGACACCUGACGCGGUCAUAUCGGAGGAUUAUUACAAUCCGCUCGACUGGACAGCGGCUUUCCUGAUGGAUCCUAGCAGCGGAGUUGUAUCAGUGGCGUCAGCCGUCGAUCGACUAGUCGGCCGCAUCUUAUCGUUUCAAAUUAACGCGACCGACCGAAACGGCAGCGGCCAAUCGGCUACAUCAACGCUUCAUCUCUCCUUACACAUUCUGGAUCGCUCACAUGAAGUGGUUUUAGUUUUAGCUACCACCACGGAAGACCUGGUCAUCCAGUCGGAACAUAUCAGCCGUGUGAUCAGCGAUGUUAGUGGCACGCAGGUCUGGAUAAGAAGUUUGGAACCGCACCUGGAUGGCGACACGAUCGAUGGAUCAAUGACGGACGUUUUCAUCUACGCCAGUAGCCGCACGAACGAAUCGAUCAUCACGUCGGAGGACUUUUUAAGAUUGUUGAACGUGAAGAAGGAUGAGCUGGACCAGAAGCUGGCCAACUACAAUCUAAGGGAGAUACGUCAAACCAGCCGAAAUACGAAAUCGUUGCCUUCCAUACCGGACAUCAAAAUCGACGUGUUGGAAGUGACCCUCAUAGCCAUGGGUGCAGCCGUUUUAUUGGGCGCUAUCGUGGCCGUCGUUUGCAUCUUCUUAUCGCGACUAAAGCACAAGAAGCGCAGCAAGCCAGUAGUAGCGGCCAGCACGAUGGCGAGAUCGAUGGCGAUGGAUUACCACUUGCAGUCGGUGAGGAACAUGACGGUCGUGUCUUCUUCUUAUAACGACUCCUCUCAAGCGGAAUUGAUGAGUCGAGACUCAUCCGCCAGCAGCGACAAUUACUUUGAAGUGCCAGUUGAUAAGGGUCAUCCGCUCUACGUUUCGGCACUUCCGCCGGCUCAUCAGAAACAGCGUUACAAGAAGGCGGCCUCAACGCCGAGCUGCCCGUCUUGUAAACGAGUCAAAGCCCAUCGAUGCAAGUGUUCCGGGAAACGUCAAGCGUCUGCGACGAGAAGCCUACCCGGAUCCGACAGUUGGGUCUUGAAACGGAAGACUGACGAUCCAUUUUGCCGUCUGCACUCGUUGCCGCCAACAUCCCGCACGCGUCUCUCGACACGAGCGGAACCGGAAAUGAAUUCCAGUAACUCUAAACUAGUCCGGCUUCAUCUCGCGCCGCGGCGGACGAGGUCGAUGCGAGUGGAACAAACGCCUUCGACGGCCCAUUACCGGCAGGAGACUGGACAGCAGACUUAUUCACGACAGUUGAAUAAAUCUCACAGAUCGAAAAAUCACCGCUGCCAACACAAUCGUCAACGUCGGCCGUCGUCGUCGUCGUCGCCUUCGUCACCGUCGCUAGUGCAAGUUGAACGACGUCAGAUAUUCAGUCGGCCGAUUGGAGUGCCGCGCUAUCCGAAAUCCGGCAGUACCACGGAAACGUUUGAUGAUUCGCUCGAGUCGACCAGCCGUCACACGCGGAGGAAGUGGUGAAAGGAUCAAUCAAGGAGGAGGACGUAAACUUGACACUUUCGAGUGUCCUGUCUUUGAUAAACUAACAAAACAAGACUCACGCAUCGAGCGACGAGAGAGUGCGAAGAAAAUUUUCGAAACAAAAAGAGAGCAAUUAAAAACAAAAAUAACUGGGAACACGGGGCAACAUAUUUAUGUUAUUGACACUCAGUGGUUUUAUACUUCAGCUGUUGGAUUUCUCAGAUACACACUAAAAAAUAAAUGAACGAGUGCAAACGA